AUGCCUGAACUAACAUGGGGAAUCAAGACUGCUUUGAGCGACGUUGGCCUCCUCCUCAUAUUCCUCCAUACUCCCUCGCCAGUCGCCCAGCCGGAAUCAUCCCCUUCUCCGCCUAACGAAUACUUGAGACAGGAGGGCGUAGAAUUCUUCAAAGCCGCGGGCCCCGUGUCAUCCGCGAGUAAGAAAGGCACUUACUUGCCUUUACCUCAUCUUGGUCCUUUUUGCUCUUCCACUCGUGCGAGCGGAUUGGGCUCGAGUGACAUAGGGGGAAGACGGCACCGGCCACCACGGACGGCUCAGCAAACGCUUCGUCACAAAGGAAGCCAGCCCAUUUCCCUCAUCUGCAACAACAUUGGGCGUCCAGUGGUGUGCAUUCCCGAGACAUAUUCUACCACCCCUCCCCCAAAGGCCGUCGCUUUCCUCUUCUCGCGUCCCGGCUUCCCAUUCUUACAUCUCCUCCAGUCCGUUUCUUCGUUUCUGCUCCUCCUUCCCGCCCCUCCCUGUGCUUACUUCUCAGACGCCAUCUCCUCCUACCUGCCGCCCACUCCCUUCUGGAUGCAAGAUACCCGUUCGCUGUUGGGCUUCUCUCUGUUCGUCACCGCCGCCGCCGCCGCAGCAGCAUCAUAA